CCGGGGUCGCUGCCCGUCGCCCCCACGAUGAAGGUGGCCGUGGACUUCGAGGAGUGUCUGAAGGACUCGCCCCGGUUCAGGGCUGCUUUAGAGGAAGUGGAAGGAGAUGUGGCAGAAUUAGAAUUGAAACUUGAAAAGCUAGUAAAGCUUUGCAUUGCAAUGAUUGAUACUGGUAAAGCUUUUUGUGUUGCCAACAAGCAGUUCGUGAAUGGAAUUCGAGACCUUGCACAGUAUUCCAAUAAGGACGUAAUAGUUGAGACCAGCUUGACAAAGUUUUCUGACAGCCUACAGGAAAUGAUCAAUUAUCACACAACCCUAUUUGACCAAACCCAAAGAUCAAUUAAAGCACAGCUUCAGACGUUCGUUAAAGAAGAUAUUAGAAAAUUUAAAGAAUCAAAGAAGCAGUUUGAAAAAGUCAGUGAAGAAAAAGAAAAUGCACUAGCAAAAAACGCUCAAAUUCAAAGAAAUAAACAACAUGAAGUAGAGGAGGCCACCAACAUUCUCACUGCAACACGAAAAUGCUUUCGGCACAUAGCUCUGGAUUACGUUCUUCAGAUUAAUGUUCUUCAAUCUAAGAGGAGAUCAGAGAUCUUAAAAUCGAUGUUAUCCUUUAUGUAUGCUCAUCUGACCUUCUUUCAUCAAGGCUAUGAUCUGUUUAGUGAGCUUAAGCCAUACAUGCAUGAUCUCGGAGCACAGCUGGAUCGGUUAGGUGUAGAUGCUGCAAAGGAGAAGAGAGAGAUGGAGCAAAAGCACUCCACCAUUCAACAAAAGGAUUUCUCCAGUGAUGAUACUAAGCUAGAAUACAAUGUAGAUGCAGCCAAUGGCAUUGUUAUGGAAGGGUAUCUCUUUAAGAGAGCCAGCAAUGCUUUCAAGACUUGGAACAGACGCUGGUUUUCGAUACAGAAUAAUCAGCUUGUUUACCAGAAAAAAUUUAAGGAUAAUCCCACAGUAGUCGUUGAAGACUUGCGGCUUUGCACAGUUAAGCAUUGCGAAGACAUAGAAAGACGUUUCUGCUUCGAGGUAGUCUCUCCAACAAAAAGCUGCAUGCUCCAGGCUGAUUCUGAAAAGCUGCGGCAGGCAUGGAUUAAGGCUGUUCAGACCAGUAUUGCUACAGCAUAUAGAGAGAAGGGGGAUGAAUCCGAGAAACUAGAGAAGAAAUCUUCCCCUUCUACAGGAAGCCUGGAAUCUGGCAGUGAGUCAAAAGAGAAGUUGUUAAAAGGAGAAAGUGCUCUACAGCGGGUUCAAUGUAUUGGUGGUAACAUCGCCUGUUGUGACUGUGGCCUGGCAGAUCCUCGUUGGGCCAGUAUCAACCUAGGAAUCACACUGUGUAUUGAGUGUUCUGGGAUACACAGGAGUCUAGGAGUCCACUUUUCAAAAGUUAGAUCCUUAACACUAGAUACAUGGGAGCCUGAACUUCUAAAGCUGAUGUGUGAAUUGGGGAAUGAUGUCAUCAAUAGAAUCUAUGAAGCAAAAGUUGAAAGAAUGGGAGUUAAGAAGCCACAACCCGGAAGCCAAAGGCAGGAGAAAGAGGAUUAUAUCAGAGCAAAAUACGUGGAAAGAAAAUUUGUGGAGAGACAGCCUGCAUCAGUAUCUCCUCCUGAGCAUGGAACAAAAGUUCUGCCUCAAAGUCAGGAGGAAAAUAUGCACAACAUCCCUGAAAAAUCCCCUUUGGCAGGUGAACAAGUCACAGCUUCUCCCACAGUAAGAAGCAAUGACAGUGGGACCCAGCACAGUGCCGACGACAGUAGAGAACACCUCGCCUCCAUCAUCUCCACAAACAGUUUGUUUGAGCCAGAAGGAGAAAAGCGAGAUUCUUCUGUGUUUCAUGAUUCGAAACAGCUUCAUCCAGGACUGCAGCUUUAUCGAGCUGCCUAUGAGAAGAACCUUCCUGAUAUGGCAGAGGCAUUGGCCCAUGGAGCUGAUGUAAACUGGGUCAAUACAGAAGAAAACAAAGUGACACCACUGAUUCAGGCAGUCUUAGGGGGCUCAUUGGUUACUUGUGAGUUCUUACUGCAGAAUGGUGCCAAUGUAAACCAUAGGGAUGUGAAAGGAAGAGGACCACUACACCAUGCCACAGUCUUGGGGCACACUGGGCAAGUGUGUUUAUUCCUAAAACGAGGAGCAAAUCAGCAUGCCACUGAUGAAGAAGGGAAAGACCCUUUGAGUAUAGCUGUAGAAGCUGCAAAUGCGGAUAUCGUAACUCUGUUACGUUUGGCGAGAAUGAAUGAAGAAAUGCGGGAAUCAGAAGGACUUUAUGGACAGCCAGGAGAUGAAACUUACCAGGACAUUUUUCGUGAUUUUUCCCAAAUGGCAUCCAAUAAUCCAGAGAAGCUAAACCGUUUUCAGCAAUCAGAUUCACAGAAGUCUUGAAUGUCUAAGAAGGAACCUGGUUCUUUUCUAAUGCUUAUAGAGCAGCGGUCUAUAUUUUUUUAAACUGCUUUCAUUAUAUGCUUUUUGUUAGAUAUUUGGUAGUCUGGAUUGAGUGAGCACUCUAGUGUAGCCUUCGGCUGGGUGGGAGGUGUAAUUUGCUGCAUGUGAUUCAGGGUGACUACCGCAGCAGUUGGAGAUGGAGCUGUUUUAGCAAGGGAUGCUGCCUCUGGUUGGAGUGUGUUCUGUUUUGCCAUGUGGAAGCAGGAUUAGGUUGAGUCACACUCAAGGCUGGCGGAGGCUGGGACCGUUGCAGAACUCAUAACCUGUAAGUGUUGUGGGAUGACCAGAUCAUCAUUGCUUAUGAGCAGUCCCUAGCAGCACAAUUUCCCUGUCUCCCCCAUUCUGCCUGGCUAUAACCCUACAGCUCCUGUCUCUUAAGGCAAGGACCAGCUUGCCUUUUCCCUCUCCAGUCUGUUUGGAUGGGAAAGCUGGUGAUCACCUGCCUGAACUUCCCUUCUGUACAUCUGCCCAUGACACACCCGAUCCUCCAUCCCCUCUGCCCUGGUGUGCUACUAACACAGGAAAUGUUGUUGUUGCAGGCUCUUUCACAGCUGACUCCUUCCAACAAUGCAGGCCAUUAGGCCAGUGUCUGCUGUCCUGUCACUGUAGGUACAUAUUCUGGAGGACCAAAUGUCAGAGAAGCAGCUACUUUCCUUUUUUACAUUCAGACUUGCUGUGAAUAAAGUUGCUUAUUUGAUUGAUUCUCUGUGGAACUUUCCCAUAGGAAUAAAUUUUGAUCCCCUAAUGCCAUCAAGUUUUGUUUUUAAUGCAUUCAACUGACUGACAUCAAAAUGAAUCUCAAAAGCUGGAAUUAGGGAGUAGAAAAUAAAUAGUGAGCCAAGCAAAGCAUUAACAUAGGACAGUCAUACUAAUGAAGGUUGCCUCUCCCGCCAAGCUGUUGUCAGGAUUGUUCCCAAUAAAGAAAUAUUAAAACACUCACAAGUGAUGUAGCCAUCCUACACUGGGGGCAAUCAAUGCUUUUUGCCAAAGCCUGCCAUAAUAUAGUCUGUGUACUUACUUUCUAAAAUAGGGCAUGUAGUAGAAAACCUGGAAGUCUUACUGUACCGCUGCUCUAAAAAAUGAAUCUAAUCUGACGUGGUAUUCUGUUGGCAGCAACAAGAGCUUUUCAGUGGGCUCCACCCUGCAUUUUGUCAAUGUGCACAUGUACGUGAUGUAUCGAAAUACAGAUUUAUCUAUGUAUUUAUAGUAUAUAGCCUAUAGAUAGAUAAUACACACCUGAGCCCCAAAAGCAUCUCAGACUUUCUUAGUUAUUGGUCCUCCAUUUGCUGGCACUUUGAACAGGAUUUCUAGGUUGGUCUUCCAAACUACUGCAGAUUUCCUGUAAUCUGCCUCAACCAUUAGAACAACGUGCUAUACUGCUGCUAAAAUUUACUUUGGAAAUAAGUGAGAUUUUAAAACAUUUGCUUGUUACAAUGCAAAUACAGAAGGGGCUUUCUAAAUUUAUGUAAAUGUGUGAUAAAAUUAAGCUUUUCCAGGCAUGUUACAUUUCAGAUAGCUAUUUUAAAUAUUUAUCCUUGUGUAUUAAAUAUCUAAUCAAAAAUAAAAUAUGUGAAAGAUCUUUGAUACCAGAGUAAGAUCUUAAUGCUACAGAAAGUGUCCAAUAGAUUGUGGCAAAUGGGUGAAUUUUACAGUCUCAUCAUUGCUUUAUUUGUAGCCUAAUUACUUUAAGCAGAGUAAAUUGUGCCCAUUUUAACUGCAUUUAUUUUGGAUAGUGAUACAUUUGAGGUUAUUGCUUACAAAUCGGUUUCAUAAGCUUUUUUAACAGGAAUGGCUUCCUGUAGAAUGACUGCGUGCUCUCUGAUCUGUCAUGUUAACUAGCAUUCUAUCUGGAGUAAAAGCUUCCACACGUGCAGUUGAGACGCUGUGUAAGAUACGCCCAGUAUAGAGCACACAUUUUAGAUGCACAGUUUUGUCUAGAUGCCUUGUCUUGCGUUACAAGUAAUGCUUGGUGUACAGCGAGAGUGACUGUAAAGAAAAGCUGCCCGAAGCUUCAGGGCACGAUCACGGUCUUUAUUCCGUAGAACUGAAAGAGAUUGGAAGUCUCUCCUCGGAGAUGCCCCAAGCCAUAUCUCCACCCGUGUGACCACUGGCAGCAUUUCCUUCCCAGUCACUCAGGGUUGCUGCUGAAGCUUGCAAAAGGAUUCCCUCUAAAGCACAGCUCUCUUCCUCUGUAGCUGUGUGGAGCCCCUGCUGCGUUCCCAGCUCUCCUCAGUCAGUAGCUUUUGAUACUGUGUAUGAUCUGUAGAUCGUGUCAGAGUGCUCUGACGGACGCCCUAGAGUUUGUAAAAACUUGGGAAGUGGUUUUGGCAGCCCAGGCUAUGCAGUGUAGUUCCUUGGCCAGGUAUGUAUGCUGAGAUGUGCAGCGUAAUGUCCAUUCACCAGAAGAGCAUUUUUGUGAUCAAUGACACUGACAAAAAUAGACAUGCCGUGAAGCUAUCUGGUGCAUAGGAAGAUCAAGUCUUCAGUUAGCAGGACGAAGUACAAUUGACUCUCUGGCUUUAGAGAUGGUCCUUGAUGGGCAAGUCUAUAACUCCUGUGCUGCUGUUUUGCUUAGUAGUAUUAGGAAAUUCCCACGCAUGCUACGAGGUGAAUCUGAAUAUCACUUGAGUAGUGUGCAUGCAGUAAGACUCCAUCAUGCUUUAGUAUCUGCUGAACCAGUUGCCAAGUAAUGGGAAAGUUUAGUUCCAGUUCAUACUUUCAUAUAUGUGUAGAAUACAACUGGCUUUAAUUUGUGGAGAAGGCAGCAGUAUUUUCUUAACACAGUUUAAAAUAAAUUUAUCAUUAUAAAAUGUGAAUUCCUAGUAUUGGCUACCACACUGAAGGCUUUUAUUAUCUUUAUCCUAGCCAGGGCCAGAUGUGCAGAAAGACUUUUGGAAUGAGUAAAUAUGGAAAAGCACAUAAUACAUUUUAGUACACUUUUUGUUUUGACAUGACUUACGUAGGUUAUCUGCUGGUUAAAAUUGUGGCUGUAAUGUUUCAUUACAAUCUAUACUUGUUUUUAAGGCUUCCUGUUUUCUGUUACUGUCGGUACAAUGAUUAUAUAUUCAGGUAUUUCUGUACUGUGCUGAAUUUUAUGCUAUUUGACAUAUUGAAAUCAUUAUCCUUUUCCUUAAGUUUGAGUGAAUCCAGUAGGUGGUAGAAGUCUUGCUUUGCUUUCACUUGUGUUGCAGUUGGAACAUGCACUUCAGUUCAUUAAUACAUGGUAGAAUUUAGUUUCCUCGCCUGUACAAUUGGGACCUAAUCUCAACCUCAUUGAAAUCAGCAGGAGCCUUCCCAUUGACUUCACUGGACUCAGAUUAUGCUCUUAAUGAUUUAUAAUGGUCAUGGUAUGUUGGAAGAUACUGUCUGUGUCUUCCACUUGUAGGGAUUCAUUUUCACUUGCUUUACAUGCAGACAGGGCUGACGUAAACAAACCACCUCCAUGUGCUGUUGGUUUAUCAGUAAAUUCUCUAUAUAAAAUGGAGUCUUUUUCUUGUUCUGAAUCAUGACUUGUACCCACAGCGUGUUGUUUGACGUAUACCAAUUAUUUGUAAGCAUUGGUGCAAGGGAUACAUGAGAACUAGAAGUGUAACAUUUGCUAUGAUGUUUUGAGUGUGUAUAGACAGCUGCUGGGAAGCACGGAAAUCCUGUUUUUUAAACAAACGUGCAUGUGAAGUAUGCAUUUUAAUAAAAUCUCUGAAUGGCACAGAGAACAUAAAAGGACCAUUUCAUAGAAUUCCAAAUAAUGUAUUAGUGUCUUGAGUCCAAGGCAUGAAUAUUUGUACAUCAAAAGGAUUAGAACUGAACAAGAUACUGAAAGCAUUUUAAAAGCCAAUUCUGAAAACAUCCACUAUCCAUCCACUUACAGAUAGGUAAAAGAAUAUUUUCCCCAGUUAAAUACAAUGCCAUGGUUGAUACUAUUUUGCACAGCGUUCUGCCUGACCCACACAUGUCACGGUAUCAAUAUCUGGUUUGUAGAAAUGGACACUUAAAACAGUCAACCAACUAUGUACAGAUAUGAUGUGGGGAGGAGAUGAAUGUACUUUUUAUUUGCAUUUCCCCCCUUCCCCAUUCUUUCUUUAGACUAUUUCUUCUCUUUUCCCGUGGAAGGAGAUGGUAAGAGAGGAAAAUUCCCACUUGAUUUUUAUCUUAAGAUCAGAAUUUUCCCCAUGUUAUGAUAGUAAUUACUGAGGAAUCAAACCAUGUUUCCUCAAACUGGAUGGUUAUUCUGUUUGGAGUGAUAAAUGACUUUCUGUAUCUAUCCCUGAGUACAUCUGUACUAGACGGUGUUUUUGAACCAUUCCAGUAGUAAAUGCUUUUAUUCACUUGUGAUUUUUUGUUUGUUUCCUAAAUGCAUAAUUGGAAAGAAUGUAUAACCAGCCCUACUUUGCAUUUAAUAAGUCUAUAGACUUUGUAUCAAAAACUUGAAUGUAGUUUUAUUGUAGUUUCAUUGUAAAUGAAGAAAAAUACAUUAUCUUUAUAGUUACUCUAUGUACAUUAUGUAAGAACUGUAAAUACUAUACUUGAAUAAAGACUUUGUAUGCUGCAGAAUCCUGGUGAAAUGUGUACAUCUGUCAAGGCUUUGCUACACUCUUGGAACUAAAAGUUAAUACAUCUUAAAGCAAGUAGCCUUCAAUUGCUAGUUUGGUCGUGAGCUACACCUACCCUUGGCAUAUUGCAUUUGUGAGUAAAAGUUCAGCAAUGGGCCGGUGCUGUGGCAGAGUAACGCUUCCAAUCACUGCGUCAGGAAGGAGCCUCUCCUGCAGAGCUUAGGAAUUUUGCAGAAGGAAAAUUCAAAUUCUUAGCUGCUCAAAUCAUCCCAGUUUGCAGUUUUUCUAAAUGAAGUUUUAAUUUAAAGAGCAGAUUAUUUCUGAUGGAUUUUGAAAGAAGUCGUCCAGAUUAAUGCAGAAGUGGAACAAGUGUUGCAGCCAAUCUGAAACAAAACUGGGAAGAAUCCUCCCAGACAUACUGUAGAUGGGGUUGGUAGUGCUGCCUAUAAGACCCUCUUUUCUGUUUAAAAUUUUACCAAAAUGUAACUGUUUGGGCUGAAAUUUUCCAUGCCAGGUGUCUGCCUCA